AUGGCUUCCGAGCACCAAAUGCCAGCCUCCAAGCAGCAGCAAGCCAGCUCCAAGAUUGCCAUCUUUGAGCAGGAGAACUUCCAGGGCCGCUGCCAUGAGCUCAGUGGCGCCUGCCCCAACCUGAAGGAAGCCGGCGUGGACAAAGUGGGCUCCAUCCUGGUGCACUCCGGACCCUGGGUGGGCUACGAGCAGGCAAGCUGCAAAGGGGAGCAGUUUGUGUUUGAGAAGGGGGAGUACCCCCGCUGGGACUCCUGGACCAACAGCCGGAGAAGCGACAGCAUCACUUCCCUGAGACCCAUCAAAGUGGACAGCCAGGAGCACAAGAUCGUGCUGUACGAGAACCCCAGCUUCACCGGCAAGAAGAUCGAGAUCAUCGAUGACGACGUGCCCAGCUUCCACGCUCACGGCUACCAGGAGAAGGUCUCAUCCGUGCGGGUGCAGAGCGGCACGUGGGUGGGAUACCAGUACCCCGGCUACAGGGGCUACCAGUACCUGUUUGAGAAGGGCGACUACAAGGACAGCGCGGACUUCGGCGCCCAGCACCCCCAGAUCCAGUCCGUCAGGCGCAUCCGGGACAUGCAGUGGCACCAGCGCGGUGCUUAUCACCCCAGCAACUAG